AGUUACAGGAACACGCCACUAUUCCCAGCCAUUAGUUAUAGUAGAGAAACAACUAUAUGUACCGAAUAUUCUAUGCGAUUGAGUAAUAUAGUACAGACUGAUAAAUCAUGGAUUGUUGAUACCGUCACCGUGUGACCUCUACAGUGAUACAGAUUUUCUUUUCUGCUCUCUAACCUGAGUAUGCAUCAUUAUUCACAAAUAAAAAACAAACUAGAAUCCAAUUGUACUUCGCACAAGUUGCGAUAUCGAUAGACAAUGUGGACACUUCCAAUUAUCGAACAUUACGGCACAUGUUUAAACAGUAAAUUUUCACAGUAUCAAUCAACAAGAAAACCAGCACACUUUUGAGGCCAUGUGCUUAGAUGACAUAACACCAGAGUAAACCAUCCUUUUGGCAAAUACAUAAAGGAUAAGAAGCAGUAAAUAUUAUAAAAAGACUUGUAGCAAUUUCAGCGAAGUUAUUAUCGGUCCUUCUUUCUUCUUAUUGUGAUUAUUCUAAACCGUUUCAACAAUCAAUGAAUAAACUUUUAAAAUCAUUCUUUGGUGUGUCUUCUAUGUUUUAAAGAACUGGUAAUCACUUAGUAUACCUUUUAUUAGAUGUAUGUAUGUGGAAACAGAAAUUCACUAAUUAGAAGAUAUGUACACAUUCAUUUCUCAAUUGUCUAAAAAUAAAAAAAUAUGGCACCGGACAAUGAAUAAUAAUUAAAAAGUUCGAAGUUCAAGAUACAUUUUUCUUCCACUUGUGGAACUCAUCUCGCCGAAUCUGGACGGUUGUUUAAAAAUAGAACGUGAAAUGAUCCACAUUCAGUACCCAAAGAGCUAUCUCGCGUUUUCAGAAUGUCUCUACAAGGUCUCUAUGUAGUUCUCUAGAUCACACGACUCAGUUUUUGCAAAAACGAUGAGUAAAUAAGAAAAAAAUAAUCCCUGAACAAAUCCAAAAUGUCUAUCGACAUGAUUAAUGAAAUUCUCAUAUUACAGGUUGAAAGUAAGCAUUGUUCGCCGAUACAAAGACUUAAUAUCAAAUAAUUAGCUUGUUUUGGAUGGUGCAGACACAUUCAUCAUAUUAGAUAUUAGAUUUACACCCGAUAUGGGGUUGUCACUGGAUCAAUUUCUAGUGAUAUUAUUCAUUAGGAGUACUAAUACAUAUGUGUACGAUAUAAAACAGAUUCCGGAUGAUGACGGGGAUGAUUAUAGUCGAAAAGAAGACAAAUCUAAUAGAAAUGGAAAAAAAUCCUCCAGCAUUAUAUCUAGCGUUAAUCGAUUGAAAGAGCGUGAGCUCGAUUUAAUUGAUAUAUUCAAUGCUGAUACUCUGGAUGAUUUAGAUUUGACUCCAUUACGCGAUGAAAUUUAUAAUCAGAAUUACAGGUUUGAUACAUUUAGGGAUAAUCGAACACAAUUGUAUGAAUGUACAACUGGUCAGCUCCGGGGAUCGUGUAUUGGAAUUUACUAA